CGCAUCCAUUCCAACCCACCAUCUCUUGGACCUUGACAAAUUAUGCUGAACGAUCAACAUGUCACCCAAGCCACCCAUCCAUCGUAUAGCUCCUCAGGAGAAUGACCCGGCUGGCCAAAUUACUCGAUACCUACGAUCCAUCACACCAUACCAAGCUGACUUUGCCACUGCUGGAGUCGAAGAAGCAAAAGUGGAUGAAGUUGAGGAAGGAGGCAUGCGUGCACCGACACCGAGAAGUUAUCACUCUCCAAAACGCUCCAGUCUGGAAAUGUUUCCACUGGACCAAGAAGAUGCGCUGCGUCGAGAAGAGAGAAAGAUGAAGCGUCGAGCCCAAGCAGAAAUCGUGAAACCCAAAGUCGAUCCCAAAACUCAGUUAGGUACUGUCGUACGAGAAACCGUCAAAGCAUACGGUGGUCGUCGCCAGAAACAAAUGGCGUACAGGGGGAGGAGUAGGUUCCCACCUCGUCCUCCUCCUUGGCGAGCGCAUGAGGCGGCAUCGAGAGCGAAGCAAGAGUCGCAAAGUGAUGACGAGGAACCGCCAAGGAAGCGUCGAAAGAGUGUUGUCAGCGGAUCCUCAGAGUCCAUUGCAGCCCGAGAGGCCCUUGAACGUGCGAAUCAUCCACAAGUGUUCAUCAAACCAGAACAAAGGCUUACACUUCCGCUCGAAAGUGCUCGAGUACAAGUAGCCGCCGACAGGAGAAAAGAAGGAGGUUUGAGAAGCAAUGGAGAGAUCGUCAAAGGCAAUGAGCCGGGGCCUUCCACACGACCGCAAAUCAGCAGUGACUACUUCGCACAUGCCCCCGUUCCUCUCAGCAUUUCCCACAGUCACAGUCGUCAACGUCCCGAUCCUUCGGAAUCCUGCUCAGCACACGAUCGUUCGAUUCAGAGCUUCAUCAACGAGCACCACCUUCCUUCACCUGGCAUCACAGGCUCACCAAGCUGGCCGAGCUUCUCAUCCGCCUCAAUGGCUUCCCCUUACCAGCCUAGAGGUCCCGCGCGGCCGUUUCAAAGAACUCCUGGCCUAGACACCUGUCAUCAUCCAGGCUGUUCCAUCGUCUACUCCACUCCACGCCCUCUCUCUCACUCUACACCCGGUCAGCCUCAGUCAGUUGAUAACCGAGCCUAUCUUCACAGGCCCGCCACACCCCUACGUCCACCGCAGGUAGCAUCUGAUAUUCAGCACGCGCCAAGAUCCCAAUCGGGACCAUACAUCGGCGAUGCGCUUAUCUCUAUUAUACCAGGACCAUACUCCCGAGGACCCUCCUCAGGAUCGCCCCAUCAUGCACAGGUGGCCACAAGCAGCUCCUCAUCCCGACCCAUGUACUCGAUGUGGCAGACCUCCCGCCAACAGGCUCAGCCUCAUUCGGCUCAAUACGCACAAUCUCCAGCCUAUCAGCCUGUGCUUCACCCGGAAAUGUAUAGGUCUUCGGAGCUGCAGCCUCCGCUGCACCUCGCGUACCCCGAAGAACAGCAAAGUUUCUACCAUGAGAACCAUGGUCAAGUACCUCAGAUCAACCUCAGCGGGGGACAUGCUACGAACAUCCGAGAAGGAUAUGCAGCUUUCCAAGAUUCGAUCGCCCAAGCGGAACUCGCAGAAAUGCAAUACCAGCAGCAUCUUGCCGCCACGAUGCACUGUCAACCACCCAUAAUGCACUAUGAUCAAGGAAGUCCUUCAGCUUGGCCUGCCGUCCUUAUGUUUCCCGAAGCAAAUCAAGCGACCUUCUAUCCCGGUUUUCAUUAUGAUAUGCGAUACGUUAAUCGGAUGAGGAUGCCCGAAUACCCACAGGGAAGGAUGGAUAAUCCCUUUUUGGUGCAGCAAUCGAGUGACAGGAAUGCGUCUGGCGGCCGGAAUCAAUCAGCGCCUGCACAUGUACGGGAAGCAGCAGUCGAGGAUGACGGUGAUGCGUCCGAUGACUCGGACAAGGUCUCAAAAUGCAGUUCGUAUGUCUAGUCAAAUUCGUCUCCACACCGCGUUCUUGGCCCAUGUUGUUGUCACACAGUACUUGUGGAUCCCAAUAUAUACACAUACGUAUAUACAGUAUACAGUCAUAGAGUCAGUUUCCCAAUCAUGUAGUCUCUUGAUGUACUGUUUUCAUCAC